UAAAAUGAUGGCAAUAGUUUCCUUAUUCUCAUAUUAUUUUUGUACAAAUGGAAGAUAAACUAAUUUAUUGUUAUCUAUAUCUUGUAAUCAUCUUGUCUUCCUGUCACGGCAAACCAAUACUGUCAACAUCACCAGGAAAAUUUGCUGUCUUAGGGAAGAGGUAUUCCAUUGGAUGUGAAUACGAUAAUACUUCAACAAGUUUAGCAUUGACAAAAGACGGUAACAUAGAGGUUGAGGUAGAAAGAAGAACUUGUAGUGGCACUCAUACCGUCAAGAAUUACCUGAUACAAUGUAACACUUCCGGUGACUUGACAGUUACCAUUCAGGCAAAGGAUGUAACACAUAACUUGGACAAUACAACGUGGCAGUGUUCUGAUAAGAUUUCACAAAGUCCACCUUUUCUACUCCGUGUGUACACUCCUCCUACUAAUGGACCCAUAACAGAAAUAAAAGGUGGUAAUAGACCUUUUAAAUUUGGUGAUGUGGUAACACAUUUGUGUACAGUAAUCGGAGGAUUUCCAAAACCGAGACUAAUGUGGAACUCUUUGAAUCCUUUCGCUUCGAGGGAAGAAUAUUAUGACGACAAAACAAGAAGAAACAUACUUGAAAUACAAAUUAAUAUUUCAAAGAGCUACCACUACUAUGACUGCACAUGCUUUGCUGAACAUGAAGCAUGGAGUGGACCAAUGGAUAACAUAUCAAUACCCGUGCUCAUACAAACUGCCCCGAUCAUUGGCAUAAACAACAGAAGUCUAUAUACCGCAGGUCCUGGAAUGCCAGUUACCAUUACACUAGAUUAUUACGCCUACCCGGGAAACACUUCUGUGAUUCUGAUUAAAAAAGAUAACACUGAUAUUCAAAGUGAAAAUAUAACUAAAAGAAGGUAUGUGAAGAACAAUGUAGAUUUCACCGCUCAAGGACAAAGGUAUCAGUAUGAAGGGGAAUCAGUUUAUUGGACACUUGGGAUGUUCAACGAGACAGACUAUGGACCUUAUAAGAUUGUGCUUCAGAAUGGCGAAGGGAUUACGCGUUUCGCCUUAAACAUAACAUUCCAAGGCCCACCAUCAGAACCGUACAAUGUGAGUAUUAGAGAUAUAACAAGUUAUGGAUUUACAGUCACGUUUUCUCCUGGUUACAAUGGUGGAAACGAACAAACAUUCUGUAUCAGUCAUUGGCCUUCAAAUGAUCACAAACGAAAGAGAAAUGUAAAGUCAAAGAAAGAACCCAUCAAAGUGGAUAAUAUGUUUUCAUCGACGGAUUACCAAUUCAUAUUGUAUGCCGAAAACAAAAUGGGGAGAAGUUUAGCAUCUCAAAAAGACCCUUUGAAGAUACGGACGACAAUAGGAGAAGCUAGGGAUGGAAGUCACAAGCUGAUCCAUAUUGUUUAUUUUGUUGUCUCUGUGUGUUUACUGCUGAUACUGACUGCUUUCAUAUCAGCAAUUGUUUUCUGUUAUAAACAAAAAACCUUUACACGAGAAUUACCUCCAUACAUACCACCAAGGGCAACACUUAAUACAAACCGAGCAGUAUACACUGACAGAGCCGUAUUUAGGAGAAGUGUAGGUCUACCUGAUUCUGAAACAGUGGAUAGAAUGACUUCAAGGUGCAAGAGAAUUAGACGAGCAAUCAAAGUACCUCCAAUUCUUGCUGUAUUUAGAAAAUCCAGAUAUCUACCUGACUGCAACGUCAUUUCAGAUGUACACGAGGCUAUUUCAAGAAGUACUAGCAACAUUCCAAAUGGUAAUAGCCAGGCAACUAGUCGGGCAUCUGAUGAACAGCAACAAGUCCGUCAGUCUGCAGCCACCUUUCCCAGAGAGUUAAACUAUCCUCAUAUUGAAAUACGCCACCAAGGACCCAGGACUUCGCCAGCCUUGCAUAGAACAAGAACAAAUUACAGUCAAAUUUACUUUAAUGAUCGUAUUUCAGCUGUACCAGAAAGUAUUGAUGUGGAAGAAGAUGGAGACAGCGGAAACUAUGGACAGAUAUUUUUCCAAACGGCGACGUUACCUCCACGUGCAGCGAAGUGAUCUUCGAAACAGCUCAACUGGAUAUAGUGUAGCUUGGUGGUGGAUUGUUUGAACUUGAAAUUUGUAGAGUGCUAAAUUGUUCAUCAAUAACAAUAACACAGUCCACACAGUUAAUCACCGUUUACAAAUUUAACAAAUGUACAAUACUUAUUAAUAAUAACUUAAUCAGUUUAUUAAUUAGUUUAUUGAUGUCUAUAUACUUAUGCCUAUUGUAAUGAGCAAUCUAUGCAGUUUACAAAUUCAUUGGUUAAAUAGUUUAUUAGUUUCUUCGAAAGGAAGAUAAACGAUUAAAGAUCAUGGGUAUUCAAAAUACUUUAAAUUCGGAGUAUAAUAAGUGAACUUGAGAUUUCCAUAAUGGUUAAGUAUUCCUAGUAACAAAUAAUCUGAAUUAAGUGUUAUUUUUUCUAAACGUGUACGUUCAUGUUGCUGCCUGAAUACACCUGAAUACACAGCCUAUCAACAUUGACCCUCUGAAGAGUUACUUCUUUUUCAACGAAUUAAUGAACGAAGAUGUUGUUUCAUUCAGUGCUUUGCUUUUGCACCAAUUGGCAUUUCAUUUACGCCAAAAAGUCAUAUUUCAAUGCAAUGCACCCGUUUGACUUUGCCGAACUACAGUCUCUUUGAUUUAUGGUUGCUCAGAUCUGGACCAAUUAUUAUGUGUUUACUAUUCAACUCGAACCUGUUUUUGACUUUAUAUUUCUUGGUCGUUAAAAUAAACUUAAGAAUGGUUGUCUUUGGUUGCUGUUUGUCAUAUUUGUUUUUCGUUAUUGUUUUGAAAUAAAUCAGGCUGUUGGCUUUUUCGUUUUGUUUCAGAUUUGUUAUAUCGGGCCUUUUAUAGCUAACUAUACGGUAUGAAUUUUACUCAUUGUUGAAGGCCUUGCAAUAUGCAUAGUUGCUUAUACAUACACGCCAUUUGAACUCUGGUGGAUAGUCGUCUCCUUCGCAAUCAUACCAUAUCUCCUUAUUUUUUAUAUAAACAUAAAAUGCAGGAUCUAUUUUUUUUAAAUCCUGUCAAAUUCUUCCCUUUUUGAGUUUAUUAUAUGUAUAGGUCUAGGCACAGGUGUUAAAGGGGCAUUAGCUGUCAACUUCAUGUUCAUCGAUUUGACUCAAAUUCUCAUAUUUAAUUUAUAACAUACUAAAACGUCAUUUCAAAUUACAAAAAGUCUAAAAUAAACAAUUAGCAAUGCAUGGACUCGAUAAUAUGUAUAUCAGCAUUUCGUGUGUACUUUAGUCUAGACGCUAUCUAAUGAACCAUCGAGAUGACCUCCGAAGACUUUCGACGGUCAUAUAGCCCGAUAUAAACAUAAAUAUAAAUAUAAAUAUAUAGCGAGCACGUGCUUUUGAAUUUUCUAGGUCUUUUUAAUUUCAUGUUAUAGGUUCGUUUUUACCUGUAUAAGAAUGAUUUUUUGUAGAUCGAAUCAGUCAACGAAAUGGUUCACCCUUGUUUCACUUUCAAUGUUGACAUUCUUUUCCUUUUAAUAGCUUUGCACGCCAAGUGCAUGCGUAAUCUAUCUCCAGCUAAGGGGUUAAAUUCAAGGUCACUUGAAUACGGAUUCAAUUGAGGUCGAAUUAUUGACUUGCAAGCCAAUAAUACAUCGGCAAUGGUUUUUUGCCUAUUUUGACACAUUUGGGCCAAACUGACUGCUUAUGACGAAUUAUUAUUUCAAACUUCCGCUUUUAUUAAUUCUUGAAACAAAAAGAAUCGUAUUUUAAUUUUUUGUCUGAAUUAUAGCUAAUGCCCCUUUAAAAUAUAUGUAUGUUCUAAAUACACUCAGUGUGUUUAGUAUAUUCAGUAUAUAUAUAUAUUUGUCUCGCAUUUAUGGGUUUGGAAAGAUUAAACUGUAUGUGUCGAU